UCAGUUCACGACGAUUGCAGCAGUGAGGAUAGUAUUGUGUUUAGUAUAAAUUGAUCGAUCGAUGCCAGGCAAAAGGCUAUAUACUGCCUAAUUAUGGAACUUAAUAGUGUUGCGAUUGGGGAUGGGUUGCCAGCCGAUGCAGCCAAGCUAAAUGAUGCCAACAGGGCGGCAACACCCACAGCCAAUCCUUCGGCGCCGCACGCUGAGAGAUCGAAGCCCAAACUGCUUUAUGCCAUUAACGAAAAUCCUGAGUGGUAUCUGAGCAUAUUUCUCGCCUUUCAACAUUAUCUUACUAUGAUUGGAGCGAUUGUGUCAAUACCAUUUAUACUAACACCGGCACUGUGCAUGUCCGAUGAGGAUCCCAAUCGUGGCAUUAUUAUAUCUACAAUGAUAUUUGUUACCGGCAUAGUUACCUACUUCCAGGCGACAUGGGGCGUGCGCUUGCCCAUAGUUCAGGGUGGAACUAUAUCUUUUCUAGUUCCCACUCUGGCCAUACUUGCGCUGCCUCAAUGGAAAUGCCCGCCCCAAGACAAGCUUGAUGCCAUGAAUGAGGCGGAACGCGAAGAGUUGUGGCAGAUACGGAUGCGCGAGCUGUCCGGGGCGAUCGCAGUUUCGGCGAUGGUACAGGUCAUAUUGGGCUAUACGGGACUUGUUGGCAAGAUAUUAAAGUAUGUGACGCCGCUCACCAUUGUGCCAACAGUUUCCUUGGUCGGUCUGACACUUUUCGAGCACGCUGCGGAAACGGCCUCGAAACACUGGGGCAUUGCGGUGGGGACUACGGGAAUGCUGACACUUUUCUCGCAAAUCAUGUGCGACGUUACGAUUCCAGUGCUUGCCUAUCGAAAGGGCCACGGCUUGGAGGUGCGUCAGUUCCAGCUCUUCCGCCUGUUCCCCGUGCUGUUGACCAUCAUUAUUAUGUGGGGCCUUUGCGGCAUUCUUACAGCCACAGACGUGUUUCCGCCUUCGCAUCCAUCACGCACAGAUGUGCGGAUUAAUGUGUUAACCAGUGCCAAGUGGUUCUAUGUGCCGUAUCCGGGCCAGUUCGGAUGGCCCUCGGUGACGUUGUCUGGAGUGCUGGGUAUGCUCGCAGGCGUGCUGGCCUGCACUGUGGAAUCUUUGAGCUAUUAUCCCACAGUUUCGCAAAUGGCAGGCGCCCAGUCGCCUCCCUUACAUGCCAUUAAUCGCGGAAUCGGUACCGAAGGCCUGGGCACGGUUCUGGCUGGCCUCUGGGGCGCUGGCAAUGGCACAAAUACUUUCGGAGAGAAUGUGGGUGCUAUAGGUGUGACAAAGAUAGGUUCCCGACGUGUUAUUCAAUGGGCCGCUUUUAUAAUGGUAUUACAGGGCGUUAUUGGAAAGUUUGGCGCCAUAUUCAUUCUGAUACCUGACUCGGUGGUGGGAGGAAUAUUCUGUGUCAUGUUUGGCAUGAUCAUAGCGUUUGGCCUCUCUACGCUGCAGUACGUCGACUUGCGUUCUGCAAGAAACUUAUAUAUUCUUGGUCUAUCGAUAUUUUUCCCCAUGGUGCUGUGCCCCUGGAUGCAACAACAUCCGGGUGCCAUUAAUACGGGCAAUGAAACCGUAGAUUCCACGUUAUCUGUGCUGUUGGGCACGACUAUUUUGGUGGGUGGCUUACUGGGCUGCCUGCUGGAUAACAUUAUUCCCGGCACACCCGCUGAGCGUGGACUUAUCGAGUGGGCGAACGAGAUGCCGCUGGGCGACGACAACAUCAACGAUGGCAGCGCCACAGAUUAUGAUUUUCCGUAUGGCAUGGAUGCCAUACGCAGCUGGAAAUGGACCUACUAUGUCCCAUUUAUGCCCACCUACAAGUUAAAGAAACAGAACUGAGUGAUUUUUUCGUUGUAGAACGUUGAACCCGUAGAUUAAAAAAGAUUUGAUACUUAAUGAUUGUAUUUAUGCGUGGUGUUUAUUGAUCUUUAAAAAUGUUUGCACUCUCAUGCUUUAUUACAUUUUGUAACUUUAAAUUUUCUACCCACUAGAUUUUAAAUUCGCUUUUUGUUUUCGCUACACCCGAAUCUUUACCUCUCGUUAUUUCUACACGUAUCUUCUAUUAUUUUGCAAUAACAUCAAUAGUUCUAGUUAACGAAAGAAAGCUUCCAUAUCAUUGCCAAAUCUAAAUAUCUCAAAUAAUCAUUCAGUUCUGUGUUGCAAAAAAUAGUAGUUAAAAUUAUUGGUAAAAUUUUAACGCAUUUUUCAGCGCGAGGCUCUUAAAAAUAGCAUAUAAAAUAUUUUUGAAAUAUCUGUUAAAAAACUAACAUUUUUCCACAUUCCCUCCUGUACCUUCCCCUGCUUAUAAAUUAAAUCAACUUUACGUCUAGGGCUAAAUCUAAAAACGCCGAAGGAACCAAGGCACAAUCAUUUGAAAAUCGUAUAUGGCAUUAAUGAUCGGUCGAACCUAAGACCGACACCAUUUUACCUCUUGAACUACGGUUACGUUCUUACGUUCCUGUUUUUGUUUUUGUUUUGAUUUUUUGAAACGCCACUAUGUUUAUCUGAUUAGUUAAUGGGACAACUACGCGCAGAGCUCCUGGGCAAUCUGCACUAAAUCUAAACUUUGGCUAUAUAAAAAAUAUCAAAAAUGAGUUAUGUCUAAUUUGGUACACUCAAUCUGAGUGCUUCCUUUCGAAUUUGUCAUAUCUAAGCUGUCGCUAUCCUUGGCAGCGUCAUGCGCUUGGUUUCCUAGAACCUAUGCUGAUUAUGAUGGGUCUGUGCGGAUUGCAUCAAUUUUUUGAUGCCACCGCUGGCGCGGGAGGAUGAGGCCGAUGCUGACGAGGAGGCAGUUGUGUUGGCCGAAACAUGAGCAGCCUUUUUUCGUUUUGAGUAGUAGCAGA